AUGGGCGUGGAUAAUGAUGUCAAACCAGUGGGGAUCGAUCCCGUCUUGGACUUUUUCGCAGGGACGGUUGCAGGCAUGGCCGCCCUAGCGGUAGGCUUUCCGUUUGACACGGUGAAGGUACGAUUCCAAGCCGCUGCUGAGGCUCACAAGUACACCUCCACAUUCGAAGCGCUCUUCACCAUUCUGCGGCAAGAGCGUCUGACGGGCAUAUUUCGAGGCAUUGCGUCCCCACUCCUUACCGCUGCUCCGCUGAAUGGCCUGGUGUUCGCUUCUUACCGUCUGCUCAUGAAGGCUCAGCUGUCCAGCGAUGAUAUGAUUCCGACGCUGACACAAGUCGCGCUAGCAGGGGCGGGAAGCGGGAUUAUCGCGACGCUCAUCACCGCCCCCACAGAGCUCAUCAAGACUCAGCAGCAGAUAUUCCAGUCCUCCGCCUCCUACAGCGCCCUCCCGCGACGGCCGCUCACCGCGCGCGACGUCGCGCUCCAAAUCUUCCGCACACACGGCCUCUCCGGGCUCUACCGCGGGAUCACCGCCACCGCACUGCGCGACAUCGGGUAUGGCACAUACUUUGGCGCGUACGAGGCGACGAUGCGCUACUGGCCGCGUGCACCCGGGCAGGAGACCGCCCCGUGGUACGCGCAGCUGCUCGCCGGUGCGCUUGCGGGCAUCGCGGGCUGGGUCGUCACCUUCCCGUUCGAUGUCGUCAAGACGCGCGUGCAGAGCACGCUCGGCGCAACGCCUGAAAAUCCUUACAGGAAUACGUGGUCGACGAUCGUCGCAUCGUACCGCGCCGAGGGCCUAGGGGUGUUCUUCCGCGGGCUGGCACCCACGCUGAUCAGGGCUGUUCCUGUUAAUAUGGUGACAUUCACGACGUUCGAGGCUAUCGUGCACGCAUUUUCAUGAGCCAACAUGCGCCUGCAAGAAGCGCGCAUGGUCUCAAUGACUCUACCUCCUGCCAGUGCAUGCUGCUCUGCAGUGCAUCAACGCGUGAUCGCAUACGCAAGUUAGAGGUGACCAUGCAAUAGAGCAACUGUAUCGAUACCAGAGUCUGCAGGAUAGGCUCCAGAAACGUCGAUUUGCAAGUCCAGACUAUACGCUAUUCAUAGUUAGUGCUCUAAUUUAAACGCAUCCUCUAUCUCCGUCAUC